AUCUGCUCCGUCACUCACACUAUGUACUGGGCACAUGCCAGGAGUCCAGGACUAUACAUGUGACCUCAUAUACUAUGGGGAACUGACAGGGAGACUGCACCGUACACCGCAGCAGCACUGACCCCAGCCUCCCUGCUCCGCUCUCCGAGCGGCGCUGCACUGCCAGCACACACCCGCACUUCUGCACCGACAGUGCCACACCAACAAAGGCGCCCACAAUAGUUGCCGGUGACAUAUUCUUGUGCUGUUCUUCAAUUUGCAUCUGAGAUCUUGCACUUGAUUUUAAGUUGUUUGCAUAUUACAUAGAAGCGACUGAAAGUAAAUGACACAAUGGAUGAAAGGGCCCGAAGCCUACUGCUUCAGAACCGACAAGCAUUGGUCAAAGAUAUCAGGACUUCCUACAUCAUGGACCAUAUGAUAAAUGAUGAAGUAAUUACCCCACAAGAAGAAGACACAGUUAAAAAUAAGGCUACUCAACUUGACCGAGCAAACCAGCUUAUCAAUCUAAUUCUGAAGAAAGACAAUCGUGCGUAUGUUUCCUUUUUCAAUGCACUGCUACAUGAGGGGUACAAAGACCUGGCUGCUCUUCUGAAAGCAGCGGCCACCAUUGAUCUGUCUGGCAGCACCAAAGAAUCAAAGAAUGGUAUUACAUCAUAUGUGAAAACAGCGCUAUGUGAAGGUGGUGUGCCACAAAGACCUGUUGUGUUUGUCACUCGGAUAAAGCUUAUCCGGGACAUUCAAGAAAACUUAUACAGCUUGAUGAAUGAGUCUGGCUGGGUGACUGUGUAUGGGAUGGCAGGCUGUGGCAAGUCAGUGUUAGCAGCCGAAGCACUCAGGGACCACUGUAUUCUAAAAGACUGUUUCCCUGGAGGAGUGCACUGGCUUUCUGUUGGGAAACAGGACAAAGCAGGGCUGCUCAUGAAACUGCAGAAUCUCUGCACUCGCCUGGAUCAGGACUGCAAGUAUUCCCAGAGGCCCCCUCUCAACAUAGAGGAAGCGAGAGACCGUCUGCGCCUGCUCAUAUUUCGCACAUAUCCCAGAUGUCUCUUAAUAUUGGAUGAUGUUUGGGAUUCCUGGGUGUUGAAGGCGUUUGAUAUACAGUGCCGGGUACUCAUCACAACCAGAGACAGGAGUGUGACUGAUGCUGUGUCUGGGAAAAAAUUCUUUGUUCAUGUGCACAGUGAACUGGAGCAUAAAAAGGGCCUGGAAAUCCUUUCUCUGUAUGUUGAUCAGAAAGUGGAAGAGCUGCCAAAUGAGGCUCAUCACAUCAUAGAAGAGUCAAAAGGCUCACCUCUUGUAGUGUCUUUGAUUGGAGCUCUGCUGCGAGAAUUCCCCAGUCGCUGGCAAUUCUACCUCAGCCAGCUUAAAAGAAAACAAUUUAAAAGGAUAAGGAAGUCUUCGUCAUAUGAUUAUGAAGCACUUGAUGAAGCUAUGUCUAUGAGUGUGGAUAGACUGAAAGACCAUCUAAAGGAAUACUACAAUGAUUUCUCUGUCAUAGAAAAGGAUGUGAAAGUGCCAACACAGGUUCUGUGCAUCCUGUGGGACAUGGAGAGUGAGGAUGUGGAGGAUAUGCUCCAGGAGUUUGUCAAUAAGUCAUUAUUGUACUGCGAUCGCAAUGGAAAGUCAUUUCUGUAUUAUUUGCAUGAUCUUCAGCUGGAUUUUCUCACUGAGAGGAACCGAGAUCGGCUGCCUGCCCUCCAUGCCAAGCUUGUUGCUCAGUAUCAUAAACACUAUUCACAAGUUCUACCUACCGCGGAGAAAGAGGAUUGUGUAUACUGGUACCAUUACCUAGCUUACCACAUGGCUCAGGCAAACAUGCACCAAGAUCUCUGCUCCCUUCUGUUUUCACUGGAUUGGUUAAAAUCAAAAACGAGGUUAUUUGGGCCGGCGCAACUUAUUCAUGAGUUUGUACGGUACCGAGACAUCCUAGAUAAACAGGACAGCAAAGCGCGUGAGGAUUUUCAAGAAUUUCUGUCUGUCAAUGGGCAUCUCCUAGGACAGAACUCUCACAUAAACAUGGUGCAGUUGGGCCUUUCACAGCCUGAUGAUUCUGCAGUGUACAAACAGUCUAUUCAACAAGCCAAAGAAGAAGUUAAACAAAAUGCACUCUAUGUCAACUGGAUAAACAAGCAAAGCAUGAGGAACCUGGCCAGCCUAGCAGUACGUCCACACAAGGAGGCCGUGUACCACGCAUGCUUUUCUCAUGACGGUCAUAGGAUUGCCUCAUGUGGAGCUGAUAAAACCUUACAGGUCUUUAAAAGUGAAACCGGGGAGAACCUGCUUCAGAUAGAGGCGCAUGAUGAUGAAGUGCUGUGCUGUGCCUUCUCUGCUGAUGACCGAUUUAUAGCAACUUGUUCAGCGGAUAAAAAAGUGAAGAUUUGGAAUGCAGUGACAGGGACACUCAUAAGGGAAUAUGAGGAGCACUCCGAUCAGGUCAGCUGCUGUCAGUUCACCAAUGGAGACUCUCCGUCCCUGCUUGCCACAUGUUCCCAUGACUGCUCACUCAAACUGUGGGACAUCGAUAAGAAGUAUUGUAAGAAUACACUUUUUGGUCACUCAGACUAUGUCAGCCAUUGCAGAUUUUCACCUGAUGAUAAGUAUUUGGCCAGUUGCUCUAUGGAUGGCACAUUAAAGCUCUGGGAUGUAUCUUCCGCUAAUGAAUAUAAGUCUAUUGAUGUGACAAUGUCUUUCCAAAAUAAUGAUGAGUCACAGUUCCUGCUGAAAUGUUGUUCUUGGUCAAAUGACUGUUCCAGAAUCAUGGUGACUGCACGUAAUUACCUGUAUAUUUUUGAUGUUGGAAGCAGUGAUCUUGUGUCUGUACUUGAGGCAUGUCAACAGACAACUAUAUUAUACUGUGACUUCUGCACAACCAAUCAGAUUGUUGCAAUGGCCUUGUCACACUACGUUGUCCAGCUGUGGGACAUAGACUCCAGGAAAAAAAUAGCAGACUUCAAUGCACAUUUAAGUUGGGUUCAUUGUGUCAGAUUCUCUCCUGAGGGGUCUUCUUUCUUGACGUCUUCAGAUGACCAGACUGUGAAGAUCUGGGAAACGAAUAAGGUGUGCAAGCAGUCAGUCACUAUCCUAAAGCGUGAAUUUGAUGUAGCAGUCGGUGAAGAUACAGUAUUUGUUUUAGCACCAGACAAGGAAGAUCGGUUACUGUUAAUUAACGGAAACACUGGAGAUGUUGUUUGUCAAAGCAGCAGACAGGUGUCCAACCUAACAUGUUGCUGCAUGAGUUCUGACCAGCGCCUGGCAGCUGUUGGUAGGGAAGAUGGAUGUGUCCAGGUGUUUGAUUUAGUCACUGGCAAAUUUCUGCAGCACUUAAAGGGUCACACUGGCACUGUCCAGCACUGUCAGUUCACAUCGGAUGGGAAAAGACUUGUCUCAUGCUCAGAUGAUGCCUCAAUCAGGGUUUGGGACUGGAUGUCUGGAGAUUGCUGUAUACUACAAAGGCACAAAGAAGCUGUGAAGUGUUUCAGAAUUUUCCAGAAUUCAAAACUCUUGUCCUGGUCUUUUGAUGGGACAGCGCGGAUAUGGGACCUUCUGAAUGAGAACAAAGAAGAGGAAUUCAGGUGUCACGCUGGUGCCGUUCUUUCUUGUGAUGUUUCGCCUGACUUGUUAACAUUUGCAUCUACUUCAGCUGACAAGACGGCAAAGAUUUGGAGAUUUGACGGCUCUUGUCUCCUCCAUGAACUGAAGGGUCACCACAGCUGUGUGCGGUGCUGCAACUUCUCUUCUGACAACCGCUAUUUAGCAACUGGUGAUGACAACGGUGAAAUCAUGAUUUGGAACGUGGAGAGUGGAGAACUGCUCCGACAGUGUCGCGAAAUGUCUGGUAAUACAGAGGAUGGCUGGGUGACAGAUAUUCACUUCUCUCCUGACAGUAAACUAAUAGUAUCCUCUGGAGCAUAUGUAAAAUGGUGGGAUGUGGACACGGGGACUUGCAAACAGACGUUUUACACGAAUGGCACAAACUUGAAGUCGAUACAUCCGUUUUCUUCUUUUAGAACUUUUGUAACCAUUGACAAUCUUGGAAUUCUGUAUGUGCUUCAGCUGGUAGAGUGACAAUGACGCUGCAUGCAUUAAAUAUGCUGCUCCAUUAGGUUCUUUUGAUAAUUUACCUUGUAUAACAGGAAGCACACUGAGUGCAAACCGACAGGGAACUUGUACACAUCUUGGCUUAGCAAAGCUCUCAAAUACAACAUGCUGGGUUCUUUUUCAAUUACCACUUGGUGGUAGGCGGGGCGGAAUAACUCCUGAAUGUCUCUUAAUCACACUAUUGUAUGUAUGUUAUCUUAAAGCUGCAGAGCCAGUAAAGCAAACACAGUACAAAGUGUGUCGCUUGGAACAUAGCCAUUUCAUAUCUUCUGACCUGUUUACUGGCUAAUACUUGUAUUCAUUACAUAACGUGCUUAUUUCCUUUAUACACAUUCACUACGUAAGCUGUGAAAUACAUCUGGGGCAACAACAACAACAAAAAAUCACUCACUUGAUACAUAAGGCUGUGUGUAGCAAUAUAGCAUUUGCCUUUUUGCACUGAAUUCUACUUUGGAAACCAUUCCAUGUUUUUAAACCAUAUGCGUGUUGAACAUCUCACCAUGCCUUAAGUGCCCUGUGGCCAGAGAUGAUCCGUCCUCACAGAAAGAGCUGCCCCAUCUAUCUUCCUGUGCUUUCUGCCUGUGACCAGGUUCUAGCCUUAUUUGUGGGGUGCUACACAGUGCGACUGCCUGGCUUACUGAGCUUUAUACACUGGUCCCUAUGUCCUUUACAUACAGAAAGUGGAUGGAACUGAUUAGUGCAUUGUUACCCACUUCCCCUAACGUCUAUGGGUUGUACACUAUAGAAGUGAUUCAUGAUCCCUAUCUGAGCUCACAGCCUGCUGGUGUGAACACAAAUUCAAAAGACCUUAAUGGUGACUAGAUUUAAUUAAAAGCAAAUGUAAAGAGUAAAGAAGUAAUUGCAAGCUUGCGAUCUGUUAUGCAGAAUCAUUGGGACGUGUUUUAUCCUAAUAAGAGCCGAGGUCUUGAUGAAGUCACAUGCCUGGAAAUGGCUUCUCAUUACAUUGCGUAGCACUGUUCCUCACAGUGACUGCAGGGAGAGCCAUCUGCUGACCAUUUAUCUGCUUCCAUUCUCUCAGGAUAGCUGAUCUUUAGUGCUGUUUGAUGAGUUAGAAUAUAAAGUUGUGUCUGGGUAAAUAACGUAUGUGCUGCCGCAACAACUGUCACCACUUCCUAUCAUGCUUGCUUCUGGUGGUUUCCUCAGUAACAUGGCCUGGAAAGUACAAGGCAAGUACAUGGGGUUUUAGUUGGAUUUUAUAGAAACCUCUUGUGAGUGUGAUUAGCCAGGUGAGUGAUUACACAUGAAAUUGAUAUAAAAUAUAAUUAUUGGUGCACAGCUGUAUCAGUGACUGAUCUCCUGUGUGAUAAAGCACUACAUAAAGUAGUACAGUGACACUGACAGUGAUGGUGUAUAUAACAAAUCUGGAUUCCUACCCAUUGACCAUAAGCCUUACAAGUAUAACCUGUAUGGCGUUUCUUACAAGAGGUUUGGUUGCGAUAGUAUCACUCAUUUCUGCUAACAUUUAUAAAGAUGAGUAAGUCUCAUUUUUUCAAGUAGAAUACGACUGAUCAAGUUAAUGUCCAUCGCCUAUUAUGUAAUGUAUUGCCUAGGUGUAUACCAGAACUCGCAGGGCCAGAUUCUGAUUUUGGAAUAAAGUAAGAAAGAACAAGUAACUCUGCACCUGGACAAACGUGUUGCAAUGCAAGGGGUGCAGAUAUAUACAUUAUAUUGCAUGCAGCAUAACUUCUGGCUGCUUUUGCAUGUAGCCUACAAAUGCUGGACAGCUUUCUUUUUACACUGCAAUUUAGAUUUCAGUUUGGACAUGCCUCUCCCUAGACUUGCCUACUUUCCCGUAACAGCUGGGAGGUUCCCGAAACCCAUGUGGGCCCCCUCAGGAAUAUACUGUAAAAGCUGCAUGCCAGUCAUUGGUUACAUGUGCUACAUUUGUUAAAAAAAAUUAAAUCAUGGGGCAGAUGUAGUAACCUGGAGAAGGCAUAAGGAAGUGAUAAACCAGUGAU